CACUUUACACAUACUAUCCAAACUUGCAGCACAUGUCUUAUCAGGAUGUACGCGACACGUGUUUAAUAUGAUUAUUAUCGUCAGUGCUCCUGCUUCUGAGAUAUCUUGUUGGGCACAAUUGUGCGCGCAGUGCUUGAAGCGGACAGGCGAGUGCAUUUAAUUCGUCGCGAAGGCGUGUGAUCCCUGAAUCCUGCAGGCAUCCUUCUGCCCAUGGUGUCCGGGCUAAACCUGGCGGUCGCGCGCUCCGAGGCUGUGCGCCUCAACAACCCGCUGCCGCCGGUGUACUUCCAGACGCGUCGCUUUCCGGCGCCCAAGGCCAAGGGUUGGGGCGGCGGCGCGCGUCGCAUCGCCGACCUCUGCGUCGUGUACGGCUUCAUCGUCAUCGCGCCAGUCGCCGUCAAACGCAUCGCGGACGAGAAGUCCGUCGGCAUGAAGGAGCUGCUGCACAUCGCUGGCGUGUCCGACGCUAUGUACUGGCUGUCGGCGUACAUGAGCGGCCUGUUGGUCAUGUCGGUGGUGGCAGUGCUCAUGACGGCGCUCAUGAAGCUGCCGCUGUUCUGCGCCCCAGCUCUGCUGCCGCAGAGCGAUUUCACGCUUGUGCUGGCCAUGAUCAUACUGUACGCCGUCUACUGCGACCUCUUCUGCCUGCUCGUCAGCUGUGUCGUCAAGACGCCGGUGUACGCCGUGUUCGCCACCGUGUGUCUGUGGACACUUACGUACGAGGUGCCCAUCUUCUUCAUGGACGUGCCCGGGUCGGCCGAGUACGUGGACCUCUCACUCGCGCAGAAGAUAGAGAGCUCCAUUUUCCCCAACAUGGCCGUGCACUGGAUAUUCCGCAUCAUCUCCCUGCACGAAGAGAACAACGACGGGGCGCGCUGGAGUAACUUCCGCAUUACCGGCUCGCCGUACGACAACGUCACGCUGUUCGGCAUGACGCUCGUGGUGUGCGCCUACUGCCUCGUCUACGGCAUGCUAAUCUGGUACCUGGACAACGUCUGGCCCUGGCAGUACGGCAUCCCAAAGGACCCGCUCUUCUUCACCAAGAAGAGCUACUGGUUCUACCGCGGCCGUGGACAGGUGACCGUCAGCGAGUCGACCACGGAAUCUUCGGAACCCAACGCCCCCAUAGAGGGUGUCGGAGACCGCACGAAUCCAGGCAUUGUGCUCAACGACGUCACCAAGAUGUACCACAACCAGACGGUGGCCGUUCGUCACGUGAGCUUGAAGGCGUAUCCGGGUGACGUCACGGUGCUGCUGGGUCGCAACGGUGCGGGCAAGACCACGCUGCUGCGCCUCAUCACAGGCCUCGAGCAGGCUACCGAGGGCUGCGUCUACGUGGCCGGCUUUGACGUCGCCCUCGAGACGGACUCAGCACGCCGAUCCAUGGGCUUCUGCCCGCAGGAGAACGUGCUCUUCCUAGGCCUCACCGUCCUCGAGCACCUGCAGUUCUUCGCCAGGAUACGCAGCGACAGCUGGGCGACGGCUGACGAGGCGAUCGAGGAAAUACUGCAGGCGUUCAACCUGGCCGAGAAGCGCGACGCCCUGGCCAGCUCUCUGUCCUGGGGCACCAUGCGAAAGCUACAGCUCGGCGUCGCCAUUGUCGGAAGCCCUUUGAUCGUGGUUCUGGACGAGCCUACGGCGGGUGCAGACCCCGAGUGCAAGGGCGCGCUGUGGGAAUGCGUGCUGCGCUUCCACGAGGACAAGACGAUGCUGCUGACCACGCACAGCAUGGAGGAGGCCGACACCCUCGGCGACCGCAUCGCCGUCCUGUCGGCCGGAAGGCUGCGCUGCUGCGGCUCUCCGCUCUUUCUGCGCACCACCUACGGCACGGGCUACUGGAUCAGGACAGGCAUGAAGAACUUCAGUCCGGCGCGUGCUCUUGCCGACCUGGUGCGGCGUUACGUUCCCCGAGCUCAGAUCAAGGCCGACGACCACCAGACGCUCAACGCGAACGUGGGAGAUCCUGGCGUCAACACGCUCAUUCAGUUGCUCCGUGAGCUGGAAGAGAACCGGCGCACGUACUUACUCGACUCGGUGUCGGUGUUCGUGGCGGCGCUCGAAGACGUGCUUCGCUGCGUGGACCGCGAUCCGGGGGAGAGUGAGGACGAUGGAGUGCCCGAGCUGCCCGACUGCCCGUGUGCCCUGGUCGACGCGAACAAGGUGGCUGCCGGCGGCAUCAACCCGAGCAGCCAGCAGCGCCUCUAUGCCCUCGUCGUGAAGCGGCUGCAGUACAGCCGCCGUGACUUCAGGCUGCCCAUGCUCAUGCUCCUGCUUCCGCUCUCGGUCAUCUUCCUCUUCGUGUUCAUGAACCAAGCGCACAUCUCGAGAAACCUCAUAUACUCCGGGGUCGUAGAGUACUCACUGCGCAAGGUCUUUGGUCGCACGGUUGCUUUCUACACGACCGACGAGAGCAUGAACAACGUGGCCACUCGAAGAUAUGCGAGGUACCUGAACGAAGACGAAGGCGCCAAGGUGCAGCGGUUAAAUCCGGGCGAACCCUGGGAGUGGUUGCAAGACCAAGCGCUGGAGAACUACCAGCGCUACCGGCGGAGCUUCGUAGUGGGCGCCGGUUACCGGCUCACCAGCAACUGGUCCACCGUGCCCACGCAGGCCAUCGUGCGCGCGCCCUCGGCAACCUUGAGUGAGGAGCAGCGAGUCAUCGAGGUGACCGCGUGGCACAGCGCGUAUUCGCCGCACUCGGCGGUGGUGUCUCUGACGGCGGCCACGCGUGCUUUCCUGCCGGGCUGGAAGGUGCGCGUCGUCAACCACCCGCUGCCCAAGGAGCACCCGAGUCCCGAGCCGGACCCCAUGAUCGUGCUGGCCACGCGCGUCAUGUGCGGCGUUUUCAUUCCGGUCGGCCUGGCCUUCCUCGCUGCAACCUACGUACUCUUUCCCAUACAGGAGCGGGUCCAGAACGUGAAGCUGCUGCAGCUUCUGGCGGGUGCGGGAGCUCUCCCCUUCUGGGUCUCUUCGUUCAUCGUGGACCUGGCGCUGCACGCGAUCUGCUCGCUCGUGCUGCUCUUGCCCCUGGCUCUUCUCGACUGGCACCGCCUGUACUCGGACACCUACACGCUCGCUUCCGUCUAUACAAUAAUGCUGAGCUACGGCUGGGCCUCGAUACCGGUCGCCUACAUGGCGUCAUUGGUCUGCGACCAGCCGUCAACAGGAUACGUGGCCAUCGCCAGCGUCAGCAUCGUAGCUGGUAUGGUCCUGAACACGAGCAUGUCCCUGCUCUACCUGCUGCCCCAGCUGACGGGCCACUGGGAGAACAGCACCCACGAGACGCCAUACCUAGACGGCGCCUUGUGGAUAUUCAGGACUAUUCCCAGCUUCGCGCUCACCUGGGGCAUCUCCAACUGUCUGCAGAUUGCCCAGGAGAGCGUGAUGUGCCGCUACAUGUCCACGUUCGACAGGCUGGUAUUUUGCCAGAACUUUGGACUUGAAUCGAUACCGAACCACCUUAAUCGCUUCGUCGAAUGCUGCCCCGAGAAGUGCCGCGACUGCACCCUGUCCAAGGGCUGCCUGACGUGGGAGAAGACGAGCGGCGGCCGCGACGUGCUCCUCAUGCUGCUGGUGGGCAUCGCGCUGCUCGCAUUCGUCACGGCGCUCGACUCCGGCCUGGGAUACGUGGCUCGCACCCGUCGCAGGUCGCGCGGAGCGCCCCCUUCCGAGCACCUCGGCGUCAUCGAGGAGCGCACGCGCGUACGCAAGCUUAUCGCGGACGGCCGCGUCGAACAGGCCGCGCUCUUAGUGAGCAACCUGAGCAAGAGCUACGGCACCAUGGAGGCGGUGCACGGCCUGUCGUUCGCACUGCGAAGGCACUGAGUGCUUCGGCUUGCUGGGCAUGAACGGCGCGGGCAAGACCACUACGUUUCGCAUGCUCACCGGUGACCUUAGGCCCACCGCGGGAAACGCGUUCAUCAGCGACGCCGACCUGGUGACCAAGAGAAGCAAGGCAAGCUGAUUCACGCAGAUUCACGCUCAUUCGUUCACGACCGCGCCGACCUACGCUGCGCCUCUUGUUGACAGCUUUGGAAUAAUAAAAAAGGUAACCGUCGCGGCCUUGUAUUGCAAACGUGGUCCGAAAGCUGGGAGGUGUGGCCAACGCGCGGCUACCACCUAUACCCUUUGGGGUUAUUCUGAGCUCGGUGUGUCUAUCGUGGUGGCUUUAAUAGUGUGCGAACAAGCCGUAACAAGUGUGGGGUGGUCACUUGUAUAGAUAAAGGACUUGAUAAGCUGAAAAUGACUCUUAUGCUGAACUUGCACUGAACAAUUCGAAAUUGGCGCACAUUUAGAGGGUGACGUGACGACCAGCAAGCAACAUGCAAGGGCAGCAAGCAACCCGUCAUAUACUUGCUGGAAGGUUGCACUGGGAACCUUCGCGCCAGAAGAAGAGUAGAUCACGUUUUGCAGUAAAGAGAAUACCUUAAGUUAACUUGUUCACAUGGUUAAAGCACGUGUCACCUUCCCGCCCAGCAGCACUGGCGGCGAUAACAAACAUUAUCUAGGGUGCGAGAAGCCACCGGGAAGAGGGUUAAAAACUCUUUUCUGCAGGCGGUGGGUGUGACUAGUAGUAAUCAUGAUCUGCUUAUGAUGCUUAAUCGAAAUGCCCUUUUUCUCGUUCGGCGCCACAGUACCAGGCACGCAUCGGCUACUGCCCCCAGGCGGACGUGGCCCUUGAUCUGCUGACGGGUCGCGAAAUGCUGGCGCUAUUUGCCAGGUUACGCGGGAUUCGCGAGCAGAGCGUGCCCGACGUCAUUCACCAGACACUGGAAUUCGUGGACAUGGUCGAGUACGCCGACUUCACCGUCGGCACGUACAGGUGCGCGCCGCGCGCGUGCUUGGUUCGCUUGUUUUGGAUGAACGCAUUGCCUAUAGUGUUCAUCUUUAUAGCUGUACUACAACAUACGCAGAGUGCCACCCUGCAAAAGAGACGCUGGCGCCACGGCAACUGCUGUUGACUUCAAAGGAAGUGUCAGUGUGAAACAGCGUGUUUUUGUUUUGCUGUUUUAGCUGCAGUGCCGUAGAAAGUUUGUUGGCAUUACAGGUGACGUUGUCUCAUGCUACGAGGAUACAUUCGCACAAGGAUUCUACUUUGGCGCUGAUUAUAUCCGGAGAAGCUCGAAUUUGCUUUUCGUUCAAUGAUCGCAGUAAUUUGAACAGGGGGAUGACUGAAAAUAUCGCAACAGGGAAACUAUAGGGUAGAAAAUUGGACUAGUUUAUUAUAUGGAACUAGGUAUAAUGUAUAUUAGUAGCGAAAGAGUACAUUCACUAGAAUGCGAUUCAUGUGUCCACAUUUCCGCAAAUGUUUUUACAAGACAAACAGUUACAGGAAGAUUGAGCGCGAACGGAUCAACAGUGAUGGAACAGGGGAAGCGUCAGCCGAGAGCCAACUUUUCGACAAGGAGACUGUCUUUGUUAGGGAAGGUCUUCGUCACGAAGCCGUGACGACAAGCUUCCUCGUCGAAACUUUGGUUCCAGGUUGAGGCUUCCGUCGGUAAGCCCAAUAUUGAUCACUCUUGUUCUUGUACGUUGAUAUUUCACGUCAACUUCCAACUCAGGCGAUUUCGUGGGUUGAUUUUCACUACAUCCAAAGCGCCUGUGUCAUGCUCGGUUCGCGCGGAAGGUUCUCCACGCCCGCGCUGUAAGAAAUAUAUUUCUUACACCGGGUCCACGUCUCACGUAGCGGGUUGCGCGAGCACCUUUGACGCUUACGAAAGACGCUCAUUGAGACCCGACGCACGCAGCGGUGGCACCCGGCGUAAGCUGUCGCUGGCCGUCGCGUUUGUGGGCAACCCGAACGUGGUGCUGCUCGACGAGCCGACGGCUGCUGUGGACCCUCCGGCACGAAGGCGCAUCUGGAGCACACUGAUCGCCGCCAAGCAGCACCUUGAGCUCGCUAUCCUUCUGUCUUCGCACUGGUAUGCACUAUUUCAAUUAAAUCGCGUAGCAUUUAAUUACUUUAAAACCUGGCAUUUUAUUGUAGUGGAACGAUACCGCAAGAUAUUCUUUUAUUGGGCGACGUGUGCUUGUAGCGCAUAACUGCCAUUUUGUAGUUGGAACACUUGAGUGCUAUCAUCGUGAGACGCAAAGCGAAAGGUUUCAACUGGACUCACUUUCACACGAUGUUAUGGCAAGACUGUGCAG